GCCCCCCCCGCUCCCCGGGAAACGGAGCCUCGGAGCGCGAGUGCCUGGCCGUCUUGUAAGCGGCCAGAUGGGCCGGCAUCGCAGCGCCUUGGGUCUGGCUCUAGUCCUGGGCGGGAGGGCGGCCGGGCCGGCUUGAGCCUGUGCUGCAGUCUUCUCGCCCUUGGUGUUACCUGGUGAGCAGGAGGCCUCAGAGCGUUCUCCCAGGAGAGAAACUCAUUUCCCCUGGGAGCAGAAGGCUGUGUGGCUGGCGAUGUUGUUUGUCUCUCCUGGAGUCGGACCCACGUGUACUUGCAGGAGAGGGAUAUGAGACACCCGUCAUAAGCUCCGGAGAGUUGCCUUCCACAGAGACCAGCAGAGGAGUGGGCCAACAUGAAGUCCAGUCCUGCCAUCCAAGCUGCCAUUGACCUCACAGCGGGGGCUGCAGGGGGCACAGCAUGUGUGCUGACCGGGCAGCCCUUUGACACCUUGAAAGUGAAGAUGCAGACGUUCCCUGACCUGUACCGGGGCCUCACCGACUGCUGCCUGAAGACCUACUCCCAGGUGGGCUUCCGCGGCUUCUACAAGGGGACCAGCCCAGCGCUGAUCGCCAACAUCGCCGAGAACUCGGUCCUCUUCAUGUGCUACGGCUUCUGCCAACAGGUGGUGCGGAAAGUGGUUGGAUUGGAGAAGCAGGCCAGGCUGAGUGAUCUGCAGAACGCAGCUGCGGGUUCCUUCGCCUCUGCCUUUGCGGCCCUGGUGCUCUGCCCCACUGAGCUCGUCAAGUGCCGGCUGCAGACCAUGUAUGAGAUGGAGUCAUCAGGGAAGAUCGCCAGAAGCCACAACACAGUCUGGUCCGUGGUGAAGAGCGUCCUCAGGAAGGACGGCCCCUUGGGCUUCUACCACGGCCUCUCCAGCACCUUACUCCGAGAGGUGCCCGGCUAUUUCUUCUUCUUUGGCGGCUACGAGCUGAGCAGGUCGUUUUUUGCAUCAGGGAGACCGAAGGAUGAGCUGGGCCCUGUCCCUUUGAUGUUAAGCGGUGGAGUUGGUGGGAUCUGCCUCUGGCUUGCUGUUUACCCAGUGGAUUGUGUCAAAUCCAGAAUUCAAGUUCUUUCCAUGUCUGGAAAACAGGCAGGAUUUAUCGGAACCUUUAUAAGCAUUGUGAAAAAUGAAGGAAUAACGGCCUUAUAUUCUGGACUGAAACCCACAAUGAUUCGAGCGUUCCCUGCCAAUGGGGCGCUCUUUCUGGCCUACGAAUACAGCAGGAAGCUGAUGAUGAGCCAGUUUGAAGCCUACUGACGUGUCCUGGCACACCGAGGUCCGAGUCUAGGCACGUGACCACUACAGUUCAUCUCAGGGUUUCACAGAGUACAAGACCAAUGGGGAAUUAUUUUGGUUUCAUAGGAGUUCUGUUUUUUUGGUCUUCCCUUAUUCUACUCUAAAUGUUAAACUUUGUGAAAAGGGCCUCUAUUUUAUCCUAUUAGUUUCUGGCCAUAAUCGUACUGAAAUCGAACUAAGUUGCUGCUCUUGUCCUUGGUGGGACAUUUAGGGUGAGCCGCCGGCCCCGCACAGGAUCUGAAAGGCUAAAUAUAGUUCUUUCGGGACUUUGCGUAAACCUGUACGUGUCCGUGCAGCUUGGAUGGUUACAUGUUAGUAAGGCAUCAUUUGGUUCCAUGUUUAAUUCUCAGAUCUCACCAGAAAAACUCUGAGGUAACCAUGAUUCAUGAAGAUGGCUAUGAAUGAUUCCUUACUCUAGAUGUAGGCUCUCUUUUAGAACCUUAGUACACGCACUAUCCUAAGUGGCUGAAGUUUUUCUGUGGUGCUUGACAGCUGAACUGUCCAUGUAGAUUUUGUGGAGGAGAACAUACCUGCAAACUGGUGUGGCUUCCAUGUUCACGAUUUAAGUUAGGAGUAAGCUUCUUGGAUUUUCCCAAGAUGUUCUACUGUUAAAAUAGUGCCAUUCACUUCCUAGGUGGGAUCACCUUGUGCCCCUGACACAUUGUCAGGUGUGGUGAGAGCAGCACGCCCCUCACCUGUGCCAGCUCCCUUCUCUCCCAAAGAACUCCCCCUCUGCUGGGCCUUAGGUUGAGGGAGGUGCUGAGGGGAGGGCGCCCUGCUGCUGUGCUUUGUGAAGGCCCAUGACCGACAGCAGGCCUGCUUCUUCCGUCUCUGGGUCCUGGCCUGGGUAAGAUUCCAGAUUAUUUCUUUGGACCGUCUCUGGCCUGCUGAUGCACUUUGGACCACUCACUCACUCACCGCCUCCACCAAUCAGAAACCCUUCCGGGGAGCAGAGUGCCAAAGCCAAGAGAAGCCCUUGUUCCCUGUCUGGUGUCUGAAGGACCGUGCUCGUGGGCAAGGUCCUCUUUCUGAUGGAACUGGACAGAACCUAGGGCUUGUCCUCCACAGUGAGUGAUGUUGGGGGUGACCCUCUUGUUUAAGUUUCUCGGGAUCGGUCACUGCCAUGUUUCUUAUUGGGUUGGAGCCUUUUACAUUUGGUACUGGCAGUCCGUGGAUUUUCAGGAUUGUAUAUAGGGGGUGACUUUAUAAAGCAAUGAAACAAGCCAAGUAAUUUUAUUAAGCUAUGCCAUAUGAAUGCACUAACCACUACCACAAAACUCCAGGUCACCUGGUGUAAGAGCGUCCCUUCUCGUCCCCACUAGGCAAGCCUCAUCAUACCGUGCUGCUCCAAGACCAGCAAGGGCUCUCUCAGAAACAAGUGUUCUUAAGCAGGCUGACGCUGCUAACAUCUGUUCCGUGUGUGUCUGUCCUUGUUGGCACAGUGUACCCCUCGAGUGAAACCUCUGAUUUCCUGAAGCAUUUUGUUCUCUGCAGAGGCUCUGUGCUAACUCUAGCCUCGCGCCAGAAGCCAGAGGGUUGGGGCAGUGAGCAGCUGCUCUUUCUAUAUACUGCAGUUGUGCAAGUUGGCCCACCAGCAGCAUUCUUCUUCUGCCUGGUUGUGUGGAUGGGGUUGAUGUAGCAGGAAACUGUUCUAUUUUUUAAAAAUAGCUAAAUUUCCUAUUAUGUUUUGGAUAAUUCUAUUCUAGGGUAGUGAGAUCUAUGUGAACAAAACAGUAUCAUUCUGAGGUACCAUGAUGUAAGAUUCUCGAGUUGUUCAAGGAAGUAUUUAUGUCAGGUUGUAAGGAGGCAAGCCCAUAAAUUCUCUUUAUGUGAGCAAAAGCACAAGAGUGUAGCAACUCAGGGGCCAGGAAUUUGGAUGCAUCUUGGAGGGUUAGGGAAGAGAAACCCUAACUAUAAUCUUCUUUCAAAAAGCAAGUCUUGAAAAUUGGGGUUUUCUUCCUUAGUGCCAGCUAGGUAUCUACGCGCCCCCCCCCCCCCCCCGCCCCCUGUCCAUUUACCUAAGCCUGCCACCGGGUCUGCCCCUCUGGCUUACGGCUGCAUGCAUGUUGAAGGGAACAGUACAAACUGUUUAGCGGCAACAUGUGUCUCUGUAGCACGAAUUAUAGCAAGUAAUGUAGUCAGAGCUUUUCCUAAAAAGACUUUAGAUGGGCUAUUGCACUGGUAGCUGAGACCCUUUGAGGGCUAUUUGGAGGGAAAAAGAGCACCUGCAUCCAGACAUGUUCAUAAAUAAGGACAUUUCAUUUAUAUAAUAUAUAAAUAUAUAAACAUAUAAAUAAUGACAUAUAAAUAAAACGUAUAAAUAAUGAGACUUAGAAUAAAACAGCAUCCAGCAACGAAGAGAAUAGGAUUCCCUGUGGACACUGGAUUAACCAGUGUUUAUAGUGAAAAGAUGAUCUUCACAGAGUUCCCUAAAUUUAAAUGAAGUUGGCUGGGAGCAGAGUCUGUGUCAGGGGGUGUAUUUUAAAAUAAUCUAGAUUUCUCUAGGCAGACAUUUCCUUUGACUUCACGGCGAUGUGACAAAGAGAAUCUACUGUAACGUCUGCUUGUGCUUACCCGGAUUCUCUUGUCCUCCAAGGACUGCAUGUGUGAUCGAAGCUUGUAUCCCAAGCUCUGCGCGGACUGCUUAUAGGAACAGUCCUAUGGGCUCAAACCUUGUUCUGGUGCCAAUCGGAGGUUUGUUAAAUAGCUUAGAAAUGACCUUUUUAAUCUGACAUUACAAAUGUGAAAGCAGGGACUACUUGCCCAAAAAUACAUAAUGAACCUCACGCAGUAUUGUGAGGAAUCAUUUUAAAUGUUAUUUUGAUAUGAAAGUUCUUUUCAAACUCUUAAGUUUGGCACACAGUCCCCAGAAACAGUAGUUCUCUCAACCCUGGCAUACCUCCUUCAGGAAAGAAAAAGCACCACUAACCUUUUACUUUGUAUAUACUUAAGGUUUGUCAAAAAUAUACGUAUAUAAAUGUAAAUAUAUGUAUACCUGCAAGGAAGGAGGGUUAGGAGACCUAAAUGUGUGGCAGGGAUUGUGGAGAACAUGAUUCUAUUCUAUCUAUUGUGGGGACUAUACUAGAUCGGUAUCAGACUUCAUCAAAAUAUAGCUCGACUGCAAACUCCUGACGGUAAAUUUUCCAUGUUUUCUUUUUAUGGGGAUUAUCCAGUUGAUCUCGUGGAAGGAAAAGCCUAGGAAAGAAGAAACAUGUUUCAAGCACAGAAGGCCAACCAGGGUUAGUCUUAGUCCCUCUCCUGUGCCUCAGUUGGCACAUACAAGUGGAAGGGCUUGGUAACAUCUGGGAUGGCCAAUGUUGGGGCACUCAGUAAGGCUGUUUGUAAUUCCCGAAAUGCUCCUUCUGACUCAGCUGUCCACUCUACCAUAGUGAGUCCUCCCUUAGGCAGUUCGUAGAGAGGACGCGCCAUCUCCGCAAACCGUGGUAUCCACAGCUUGCAGCAGCCCACCGUCCCAAGGAACUCCCUCAUGGAGACCAAAGCCUAAAUAAGCGGUGUGGCUCCGACAGAGCUGUGUUUUUAUUGCUGACACCCGAUACCCUUUUCCCUGCAGUCUGUGAGAGCGCUCUCGUCCCCCGCAAGCAAGACCCAUAGUCCUCAGCGGCUAUUUCUACUGUUCCCACUAACUCAGUCCUCCUUCAAGUACUAGAGAACUAGAAUUCUAGAGAACUUCCAGACUCAGGAACGAAUUUCCAGAUAGGGAAGAAGUUUCCCUGGAAUAAUAAUCUUCAGUUAAU